AUACUGAUGCAAAAUGCUUGUAAAUUGUGAACCUGGUUUGGAUCAUUGAUAUUAAAUGUACCUCGUUAUAGGUACCAGACAUACAUUUGUUUUAAGCACUUUUCAACAUUAUGGCUAAUAGAAAAAGGAACGUGAAUUACAUCAAACCGGAGGAUCCAGAGUUCCUUAAAAUUAUAAAGAGACAAGCUGGAUACGAUGACAGAAAUCGGAAAUUCGACCCGCUCGAGAAUGCCGAAGAAGAUUUCGUGGAUGAUACAGAAAGUGAAGAGCCGCAAGUCGUCGUAUUGAAACCGGGAGACCUCACGGCCGAGGAGGCAGAGGUCGAGAGGAAACGGCUAGAGAAAGAAGCGGAAGAAACUAAGGCAGACCUUAGCCAACGAGUUAUUUUUAAACCAAAGUCAAAGAAAGAAAAUGAUAAAAAAGAAAAAGAGACAAGCAAGAAGAAAUCCAAUCAAAAAAAGCAAAGUCAAUUGUUGUCAUUUAAUGACGAAGAGGAGAAUGAUGAAAGUAGUUAGUGCGAGUUUUGUUUGUACGUUUGAUGGGUGCAGUUAUUUAGUUACAACUAGUUAACAUUGCGAAUGACCAUACCAGCCAAACACCAAGUCAAAUAAAUCUGAUUAUUAACAGCAGAUCGGACUGUGAUUUGAUCUACUGUUAAUAAUGUUUUACAUUACUACAUUGUGAUUUGCACCCAUCAAAACCAAUUGAUGGAUUUGGACUUGACACAAAAUAAUGAAAAUAAAUAUCACAAUAAAGACUAUUUUAUGAGUUGUGCAGAAUUAAGAGAUAAUGUGAAGUUUUUUUUUAUGUUGGUAAAUAAAGAACCAAUUUCAGUA